UGGAGUAUUAGCUUUAUUGCCAAUCAGUUAUGUUGAGCAAAUGUUUAAGAUGAAUAAAGUGAGAAAAAGAGAAGAGGAUACCUAUGAAGCUACUAUUAUGAGGUAUCACUUCGAUUAUCAGUCAAGCAAUCCUAUCGGGAAAGAUGGCAAGGUCAGCUUCAGAAGACUUUCAUGAUAUGCAGCACAAGACAAAUUUAAGCAAAAUAAUAUUGUCUGGGGAAAUUUGGAGAAAGAUAUCAUGAAUCAUCCUGGAUUAAAAUAAACAGAGUUCAAGUGAUGCCAAUCCUCCUGAGAUUCAAGAUUUCUCUCCACUUUAUGCUAGGCCAAUGUCAGGGAGGAAAUCAAUGAUAUCAAGAAUGCUGGUCUGACAAAGUGAGAGUGAUGAAUCUGAAGAUGAAAGAAUGCGCAAGAUUACCACCAAUAUGUUAAAUUCCAUUCAUCUAAACAAUAGAAAGAAUAAGAAGUUUAGAUUAGAUGCCUUGAAAAAUAAAUUGACACAAAUUAUUGAACAGGGUGAGGAUUACAUAGAAAGCGAAGAUGAUAGUAAUCUUCGUGCUAGUGGAAUUGCUUUGAAGCGAGAGAAGUCUUCAAGUGAGACAGCGACUUUUAACAAUAAUGAUGAACCAAGCCACAAUCAUAGCAAGGUAAAGAGCAGGAAAAUCCCCUUAAAAACUGAAGAGAACAAAGAAAUGGAUAGCAGCUCAUUUUUCAGUGAUAGUUAUAGCGGAGAAGGAGAUAAUGAGGAUAGUGAAAGUUAUAAUAAUAGUAAUAGCCUCCAAGAUAGUGAAAGCCGUAGAAAUAGUGAAAGCUGAAGAGAUAGUGAAGGUGACUUCCUUCAAUCUCAUUUUCAAUAA